GGAGCUCGAUGGGAAAUAGGGAAUCUCAUAGGUUGAGAGUGGGCGGUUAGUUGUAGGUUGGAUAUAAAUACCUGCAGUAGACAAGGACAGAAAAAUGCCGAGGGUAUGACAGACGCCGGCUUACCUGCAACUAUAACAGCGAGAAAAGACGAGAAGCCUUAAUGAGGGAAAUCUGUGUAGCUGAGAAACACAUUUCAGAAAAUGUACCAGUAAUUUAUCUUGAGCUUGAAGCUCCUGAAUAUUCAUCUUCAAGAGUCUUGGCUGAGGGUAGAGUUGUGACUAAAACUGUGAAGUGUUCUGGAUGAAGUGCUGACAUCCACUUCUCUAAGAAAAAAAAGGAAACCUAUCACAGUUUUCUACCUGAAUAUUCCCAAGGGACUCAGGGAAGAAGUAUGCUUGAAUGAGCCCGAGUGAAAGAGAAAAAAACAAGGAGGCGAUACAUGAGGUGAAAGAAGACUAGAACGCAGCUAGAAAAAGACAAAGCAGAACUACAGAACGCCAAAGAAGACAAGACGAAAGGCAGAAGGCAAGACAAGGUAUCCAUAACAAGUCACGCGAGAGGAAGGUAAGGAAACAAAUAGAGAAGGCAAAGGGCAAGCAAAGCAACAUGGGAAAUAAGGCAAAAUAGGCAAGAGACAGAGAAGCGAAGACAAGAAACCAAUCGAUGAGCUGUGUUGAACUUCAGCCGAUCGCCAUUAAAGAGAGGGCAGGAAAAAAUGGCCUGUCAGGCAUUUGGUAGUGACUCCUUCGCCUCACUGACGGGAGAUUCACCCCUGCCUAUCAUUAUGCACCAUGGCUCUACCACCGACUGCCUGCCAACCACGUCCCAUGCUCAAAGCAUGGUCGCUGCAGUGUCAUCUGGGCUGUCCCUGGGUCAGCCCUCCAAGCGUUCCCACAUGCACCUCCCGACUUCCUCCCUGGGCAAUGCUCUCAGCAACACCCCCGCAAGCUUACAUUAUCCAGUCACCCCCUGUCACUACACAAACCAGCAGGCCACCUAUGGCAUGAUGGCAGCACAGGAGAUGCUCUCUGCCAGUAUUUCUCAGACUCGUAUCUUGCAGACCUGUGGUGUCCCUCACCCUAACAUGGUGAGCGGUGCAAAUGCAUUGCAAGGAUCUCUUACUUCUUGCUUGUACAAGUUUCCGGAUCAUGGCCUAAGCAGCGGCUCUUGUGCAUUAAGCCACGGUUUCUCUUCACUGCCCUCGGCCCUUCUUUCAACUGAUGAGGCCCCAGGGGGCCCAAGCGGAGAGAUAAAAAGUGACGGCCAAAGGAAGAGUAUGCGGGACCCAGAGGACGCACCUGCCAUGGAUUCACCGCAGAUACGAGAGUUGGAGAUGUUUGCAAAUGACUUCAAAAUACGGAGGAUCAAACUCGGGUACACUCAGACUAAUGUAGGGGAGGCGCUUGCUGCCGUGCAUGGUUCAGAGUUCAGCCAGACCACGAUCUGCCGUUUUGAAAAUUUGCAGCUGAGCUUUAAGAACGCCUGCAAACUCAAGGCCAUUCUGGCUAAAUGGCUUGAUGAAGCUGAGCUGGCGGGUGCUUUGUACAAUGACAAAAUAGGAAUGAAUGAACGGAAGAGAAAAAGGAGAACAACUAUCAGCCUUGGAGCUAAGGAGGCCCUUGAGCGCAGCUUUGUGGAGAAAAGUAAGCCAUCCUCUCAGGAAAUAGCCCGGAUAGCCAAAGGCCUCCAUCUGGAGAAGGAAGUGGUCAGAGUUUGGUUCUGCAACCGACGCCAAAGGGAAAAACGUGUUAAAACCAGCCUUAACCUCAGCUCGUGUUUGACCAAAAUCAGUCCGAACUGCAUAGCACAGAUGAGUAAAACGCAAAGAGCAAUGACAUAAUUCGAGGUUCGAUGAGCGUGUCUGUGAGGGAGGCUCGUUUGUGACCGUGGUUAAAAAUGUGCUCUUUUCAAAUCUGACAUGUCCAAUAGCAAUUAUUCCAAAUGCCACAGGAGACUUUUACCCUGCUGAAAACAGAUAAAGCUUCUUUUACCCAGCGUUAAGCGGCUGCUUCACUGACUUAAUACUGACAAGAGAAUUUAUAUAAGACCAAGUUUGCCAUAAAAAGUUUAUCUUUGUCUGUUGUCUUUGCACAGAUAUGUCUCUCUGUUAGAUUUUCCGAAUGUAAUAUAUAAAUGUCUGUUUUUAUUUAAAAUUGCAAUUUUAAACAAGAGACAUAAAUGUCAAAGAGCAGCCCGGCCAUUAUUUCCUUGUUGUUUGAAGUUGAAACUGUGACGAUAAAAGGUUUUCAAUAACUGCAUAUGAACUGCUGGCUUGAUGCUGCACCUGCCAGUCUUGACAUUUAAAUGUACUGAAUAUUGGCUGUGCCUUGUUUGCUAUACAACCGCUGAAAGUGUAUUAACCACACAAACCAAAUCUCAUUUAAUACAUCAGCAUCAGAGUACAGACAAGUGCUCAUAAAGAUCAGCUCUGUACCUUUCUGAAAGAAAGCAAUACCAUUAUUGAUUUUGUCCUUUUUUUCCUACAAAAAGAAGUUUUAUUGUUGAUGAAAUGAAGUGUUCUACAUUUACAUCUAUAUUUAACCACAGAACUCCCUGUUGUAGUUGUGUUUGUGUAUUUUUGGUGCCUUUAUGUCCCUUUUUUUUAUUAGCUGUCAGUCUUAAGAAAAAUGCUUUAGCCAAAUGAAUGUAGUUGCAGUCAAAACAGUAAUAUAUUUAAAAACUUUACAACAACCUAUUUAUUUGAGAGCUAAUUUAUUAUGUCAGGCUACUUUACUGUGCACAAGCUCUGUGAUUUAUGGGAUGAAGCCAGGGACAUGGGAAACUUUUUGACAGCAAAUGGAUAUGCAGUCUUCUGUUUCCCUGAUGUAAGAUAGAUGUUGAUGUUUUUGCUUUUGUCGUUGCUGCCUUGAUAAAGUGUCAUACAAAGAAGAACACCAGCCAGUCACAACUCUGACCUGGUUGAGGUGACUGAUGGGAAAGAAACAGAAACGCCACGCCUUUCGUAAGAAGAAAGCACCUAAAAGGAUAAGGAUGUUUUUAUUCUUUUAAAUUUGCAUCAGAAGCCAAUAAUUAUUGUCAAAAAAAACUAGAAAAUGUGACAUAGGACUGGCAACAGACUGAUUUAAAGGGUGUUUAUUAUACUGAAAAUAUAAAAAUAUGGCAAAUAUCUGCCCCUUUCUUUAUCAAAUUGCUCCUUUCAGUUCCCAGGCACUCAAAGCUCAGUCAGUUCACUGCAUAUGUAGCAAGCAAUAACCCGCACUUCACAACUACAGUACGAGUGCCGUCUCUCAUUUUUACUGUAGUACUACAUAAUAUUAUGUUGUGAAUGUCUCACUGGAGAUUCAUAAAUAAACAUACAAGACACUUAAAUUCAGAAAUGAGUGACUAAUGUAAGGCUGUAUAACGGGAGCGCUGCCUGGGGAAAUAAAUGCUGCAGGGUCACACCGACUGCUGUCACUCUGAGUGUCUACACAGCAAAGUUACAGGCACAGCAUGCUUACUAUAAAACUACUAAGAAGCUUCUAAAGGCAGUCGUCCAGAUGCAUUUAGCCUUAAAGUUUUUUUUCAUAUCUACUCCUUUUCCCCCCCACAGUUCAUGUAUUCAGAGAGCUGAAUGGGUACCAUGUAAUUUUUAUAUAAGUAAAUCCAUAAACGUGGCUAAAAUAUAUGCAUGUGUUAUGUGUCGGUGUGUUUGCGCUUCUGUUUGAUACUCUAUUCAACUCUUCAUCAGAUGGAUCAUCAUGCAUCAUUUAACAGUCAAAAUUUAUUUGGCUCCAAAAUAAUAAGUUACUUUUCAU